UUUUCUCUAAUCACGUUUUUGUUUUUCUAGUGUCAUAACUCCUUCCCUGUUUCAAGUGUCGAUGUUUUCAAACCUUUAAUCAUCAAAAUUCGCAACAGAAAUCAAAACAAUCCAGUUCCUCUCUAGCUAGUUCUACUGCCACAUUGCGGACCUAUUUUUCUGGUCAUUCAUGGUCGUUUGGUGAAAGACUGGGUCGAGAAUUUCGUUUCUAUGGUGAGAACAGCCGCAAAAUGGCGGACUUGUUGAAGUCGAUUGUAAAAGUCAGAAGUGUUGCUCACUUUAUAGUAUAAACCAUGACUUCCCUCAAGAACUGCGACCCCCAGUUAAGAAAAUAUCUGCUAAGGCAUCGUCUUCCUGAUGUGUUCGAGCUUGGAAUUUUCAAUCAACAUGUCCAGCGGAUUGAAAGAGGAGAGAUCCUUGACUCUGUUUAUGAAGGGUUCUUCCGGGUCAGGGCAGAUGGCAGAGAUGAAAUCUCCUCGCUUCCAAGACAUGUUGCUUUAAGAAUUUUCAGUUAUGUGAGCGUGGGUGACUUGGGUCGUUGUGCUCGUGUCUGCCGAAGCUGGAAAGUCUUAAUUCAGGCCAACAUUCUGUGGAGUAAGGAUGAAGUAAUUAAAAGCAUUGCCAUAGGAUGCACAUCUUUGCUGUACUUAAACUUGGCAGGCACUCCAAUUUCUGAUGCUUCUCUCAGAUAUCUUGGAAGGUACUGCACUAACAUGCUCUAUCUGAGCUUGGCUUACUGUACAAAGUUCACCAACAAGGGUCUUAGUUACAUGGCGAACGGAAAAGGCUGCCACAAGAUAGUACACCUCGACUUGUCAGGAUGUGAGCAGAUUACACAAGAGGGAUUCAAGUUUAUCUCUAUGGGUUGCUCCAGUUUAACAACAAUUAUCCUGAAUGAACUGCCUGGGCUGAGAGACGAUUGUGUUCAGGCGUUAACAUCCGAAUGCCGUACUUUAAAGAACGUUUCAAUAUUAAACUCGCCAUUCCUGUCAGAUGCUGCUUUCAAAUGUCUUGCGUCGUGCAGAAGAAUGCACAAGAUUCGAGUUGAGGGAAACAAUCGCCUGACAGACGCAUCCGUGAAAGUGCUAGCGAAAAGUUGCCCAAUGUUAGACCAUGUUUAUCUUGUGGAUUGUCCCAGAAUAACUGAUCUUGCUCUCAAGGCCUUGGCUUCCUCCAAGCAUCUCAAUGUAGUCAAUGUCGCCGACUGUGUAAGGAUACAGGACACGGGAGUGAGGCAGAUCGUUGAAGGCCCGUCUGGCGCCAAAAUAAAAGAGCUCAAUUUAACCAACUGUGUGCGAGUCAGUGACGUCACGUUACUGAGAAUAGCACAGAGAUGUCACAAUCUGGUGUAUGCUAGUUUCUGUUACUGCGAACACGUGACGGAUGCUGGAGUAGAAUUGCUCGGCACCCUCCCCUCCCUCAUGUCACUGGAUUUGUCAGGGUGUAAUAUACAGGACCAGGGAGUAGCGGCACUUGGCAACAACCCGCGAUUCCGUGAUAUCACACUUGCUGAAUGUCGAAAUAUCACUGACCUGGGACUACAGGUAUGUAGCAAUACAUUUACAUGCUUCUUGCAUGGGGAAGAGAUGGGGCGGGGGAUGGAGUGGAGCUUUGUCGUUGCUCAGUUGACAGACUCAAGCCUUCAGUAUUUAUCAGGCGUUUGCCAUUAUAUUGAGGCGUUAGAUCUUUCUGGCUGCAUACACAUAACAGACAAAUCCUUGCGGUAUUUGAGGAAGGGGUGCAAGCAGUUGUCUUCUCUGACGAUUCUGUACUGCAGAAAUAUCACAAAGUCAGCGGUUCAGAAGCUCCAGGUCAAAUGUGCGCAUGUGCUGCACAGUGCUGACGACCCUUCUCCAGCGCUAGGAUUCUAACUGACCAGUAAAGACAAACGGCUCACUUCCACCCCACCCUCACCCCCACGGGCUGACUUCGGCAAACGUGUGAUCGACAGCAGAGGCGUAUUACAUGAAGUGCUGUGGCCAUAACAAUCUCCAGGAGAAAAGAAGUUUUAAAUAUUAGUAUGCAGAUCGUAUACAAAUUGUUGUACAUAGAAUUGAGAAAUGUAAUUUCUUCUAUUUAAGAAUUCACUCCACUUUAUGUAGAUAGGAAGCGGAAUUCUGCAAAUAUCAAGUGUUAAGAGAAACUUUUA